UUUGUUUUAUAUAUAUAGUUUAUUUACAUUUAAUUGCAUAACAAAACGUUCACUCUCCUUGAGAAUAUGGCUUCGGCAAAACUGAUUACUGAUAAGAUCAAAACGUUUGUAGAGAAAUAUGACGAGAAUCAUCACGAAAUUGUGAGCGAAUUCAACAAACUGGAACUGAACAAAGUUCUCUGCAAAACAGACAUUCAGGGCUACACUUCUAACGAAUGCAAUGAAGUGACAGCCGUGCUAGAUAAAGCAUUGGGUAUUGUUGAAAGUAAAAGUAAGGAACAUAUUCUUUACCCACUUUUCACUGCAAAAGAUCGUUUGCAAAAAGCACGGAUAGAGGCAUUAAUGAAGCAGCUUGAACAUUGUACCUGCAAGGCGGGAGAUUUAACGUUGGUGAAAGAUCCAGAAUGGGGACAAACUGACGACACGCGACUAAUAUCCGAAACAGGUGAUGGACUCGUUGUACAACCAACAGAUUCAUUCCAUGACUCACACGUAGAGGGACAAUAAAAGGGUCAGCAAAAUGGCAGAUUGUAUAGCCGUAAUAACUGCAUGGGUGAUAUCUGGUGGCAUCAGACUGAAAGAAAUUUGGCAACCAUAGCCUUUUUUUAAUGAUACAUUAUAACUGAUUCAUUGAUUCACAGCAAGAUACAUAUAAAUCAAAAAUUAGUAACGAGAGCUCUAAUGUGUAAUAAGGUGGAAUGAAAAUAAAACCACAGAUUUGAUUUCAACGUAAUUUAAUACUUCAAUAUAUGGUAUAUAAAACAAAGACAAAAAAAACAUUGGAAAAGCCUGAAACUGAAGCGAUACAACAGAGCAUGACAUGUAUAGAUACCAUUAUGAUAAAAGAACAAAGACAAAUUUGAAAACAAAUUGAAAAAGUAGAGGCAACAAACACAUUCAAGGAACACAGUGGAGCACCGCCCUAGAACUGUUAAUAGCAUAACUACUACCUGGUUAAUGAUUCGCAACAAAAAUAUUGUUUGCAACAAAUUGAACGAGGAUAGAAACGAUAAUGUAAAAUAUGUGUUGCAUUUAUUUGUCUCUUCGUUAAAAUAUGUUGUUUGUGCCUUAAAACUGUGCUAUUUUUAUUUAUUUUCCACUAACUGUUUUAUCAAACAUCAGAAUAUAUCAAACUUGACUUAAUGUAUACAAACUCAUUGAGAGAUCGAAAACAUCAAAAUGUCAUAUCUAGCUGCAGUUAUUUGUUGAAAUAUCUUUCAUGUAGUUAGUAACAAAUCCAUACUGUGUUACCUUAUACAGUUAAUUAAACAUACAGUUGUUAUCACCUGUAUUAAGCAAUCAUUUUAUUUACCAGUCAGCUUGAUUCCAAAAAAAAAAAAAAAAUAUUUUGUUCUAAUUUCAACGUAUCUAGAUCUCUUGUCUUCUAAAGCAGUUACCUGCCUUAAGCAGAAGUAUUUUUCACAAAGUAGAGUUUGUACGCAUAGGAACAUUUACUUUAUCUUAAUAAACAUACCGUGUACUUACUAUUCAUAUUUUUAAACAAUAAACCUAUCUAUAAAGACCACACUUAGGAACCACACUUAGGGUAUGAAAAGAGUGAUCUUUGUUGAUACCGUGUAUUCUCUAUACACAGGUAAAAUUUAAGCUGUUUCGGCUAAACGAAAAGAAAUGGUGGUCUUCAUAAAAAGGUUGUAUAACAGUGACAUUAAUUAGGUAGUUCUUAUCAAAGGAUUUUAUAUAUCUUUAAAAAUACUUUCUAGUAUAUUCAAACUCUCAAUAUUCAGAUUAUUUGGGUUGA